UGCGGAGACCAAGACCGCGCCCGCUUCGCCUGCUGCUGCCACUAUUGCUGCUGCUGAUGCUGCAUUGCCAGAGGCCGAUAAAGAAGUAGAGGCCGGUAAAGCAGCAGCAGACGUAGUGAUAAAAACAGAGACAGAGACAAUUUCGGAGGAACGGAAGGCCGAGAGCCCCCUCCUAUCACUGCCACUACUACUACCAUUGAUAUUGCUUCUGAUAUUGCUUCUGAUGCCCCUGGUACUGCACAGCCGGCAUUGGAGGAAAAGGCUGCUCUGCCGAGUCUUGACAGACUGCUUUCAGAGGAAUCGGUCGGGUGGCAUAUGUGGCAACACCUGCAGGUAUCGGACGACAUGGCUGAUGUCCGCGACAUGAUUGCUGACAGCCCUGCCUGCGUCGUUGUGCUGCCACAGUCGGCGGCCAGCAAAAGCACAUCGCUCGACUUGGGAACAUUGCUCAAUGACAACGUGCUUUUCACAGACCAAACCUUCCCCACGACAGUAGCAGCAGGCGCUAACAAUACGGCGCAGAUAAAGUUUACCACAGUCAGCGGAAUCUGCGGCACCGUCGACAGGGGCUCUGUAUGUGCCCUAGGAAUGCUGCCGCCCAUGGAGGACAUCAUGGCGAGGAUCAGCGCAUCGGACUCGCCACGCACCACGCUGUUUGACGUUCUAGAUGCCGACAUGCUGGCCGGCAGCCCCCUUGUGCGGAUACGCAGCGUGGCCGUGCGCCAGUGCCCCUUGCCGGAUGGCCGCAUGGUCAAUGUGAUCGUCGGCAGCUCGCCGCUGGAGAGCCGGCUGGUUGUCGACUCGGCCUCAGGCAGACAAGCCCAGCGCCGAUGGCGACGCGGCCGAGUGGCAGGCGGUCAUGGCGCAGCUGAUGGACGACGUGGCCGAGCACUUGUCCGUGCUAGAGGACGAGACCAGCCUGUGUGGCGACGCCGAGCAGCGCCGGCGCACGGCGUGGCGCUGGCCGAGUGUGUCGAGAAGCUGGCGCUGGAGACAGUCCACCUGCAGGUUUUUUCGCCGCCGUUUUCGGACGACGCCGCGCAGGACCAGCGCUUCGCAUCCAAGGUGGCGGCGCUCAAUCUGGCGGGAAUCACGCUGGACCACCUGGGUCUGACGGCCAAGACGUCGGAUGGCCGCCGCGACCUGGCGCGCAUCUGCGCGGACACCGGCGACCUGCUCGCGCGCAUGGACCGGGUCAAAUCGCCGGCUGAGAAGCUCAAGCUAAUUGUGGACGCGCACCGCCGCAUUGUUGACCGUAUGCAGAAGGCCGAGGUCGGAUUAUCAGCGGACAGCAUCCUGCCGGUGCUGAUCUUUGCCAUGGCCAGGGCCAACCCGCCACGCUUCGUGUCCAACUUGCGCUUUGUGCAGAGGUUCCGCACGCGCGCGCUGAUGGCGCCGCAGGUUGAGUACUGCAUGACCAACGCCGUGGCCGCCGUGUCCUUUGUCGACUCCGUGGACGCGCGCACACUGGGGCUUCCUCUGUCGGGCACGUCGCUUGGGUCGUCUGAGGCCGCUCCUCGGGGGUGCCGCCGGCCCUGCACAUUUUGCAUGAUCUGCUGGUCAACAACGUCGUCAGCAGCGUGGGCAUUGAUGUCGUCCAGGGCGUUGCCGAUGGCGGCAAGAAGGUCGCUGUGGGCAUGUACGAUGCCACCGUUGGUAAGUUGUUUGACGGGCGCCAGCUCUCCUUCCGCUCGCCGUGGCGCGCGCCCGAGGACAAGGAGCUCAGGCAGUCGGCGGAGCAAAUUGAGGGCGUGCGCAGUGCGCUGACCUCGGCCAGCGAGCAGCUGUCCCAUGAGAUCAAGGGACAUUUGCCGCGCCCGCGCCGCCAAAACCAGACGCAUCCGGCGGCUAAUGUCCCGCGCCCA